GACACACCAGCAGAGCCGAGGAUUAAGUAAUUAAGCAGCAUUAGCGGGUCAGGCAGAGAGGAAGCGACGGGAUGCUUCAGUCUGCCAGCCUACAGGAGAGCUAUAAAAUAUUCUCCUUACUCACAGCUUGCCAGCAAUAAAGCACAGAGCCUCACAGACUGUGUGUUCCUUAUUAUCCCCAGUCUGGAAAACCUGCAGUAGCCAUGGAGGCUCUCAAUCUACAUCUGGACCAUCUCAGACUGGGUGGCGAGGACACCAAAGGUGAAGACGAGAUUAUCAGAAGUCUUGAUGGAGUUCUUCAAGCUCUGGCUGAAGACAAACACAGAACCUCCAUCCUUCUCUCAGACGGGGAGAUUUUGCCAGCUUUCGGCAGGCUCUUGCAUAGCACUCCUCUGUGUGCCGUGAAGGCAGCCCAGGUGCUUGCAGAGAUAGCCAAAAAUGAGGAAAUGAAGAUUCCCUGUGUGGAUGCUGGGUUGGUUCCCAUCUUGGUACCCCUCCUAGACAGCACCGACCAAGAAAUGCUGCUUCAUGUUGGCAGGGCCAUUGGCCGCAUUUGCUACGAUAACAACGAACUUCAGGAACAGCUGGUAGCAGCAGGAGUGAUCACAUCCCUGGUCAGAAUAUUGUCAGACUAUCCGGAGAACGAAGCCCUCGUCCGUGUCAACCUGCUGGCCUUAUCCAAUCUCGCAGAUCUAGACUCGGCUAAAGAGGCCCUUAGCAAGACCAAGGUUGCUGAACAACUGGUCCAUCAGCUGCGACAGGUGAACCAUCAUGAGAAGGUCGAGAUCAUCCUUGAGGUCCUCCAGACCCUAGCGGAGAACGAUACCCUGAAACUGCAGUUGGUAGAAGCCGGCAUCCAGGAUGCUGUGACAGAGAUCCUGACGAGACUCCAAGACAGCUCCAAGCCAGAAGACACGUGUAGCUUGAAAGCUGCCUCUGAUCUCAUUGUGUCUUUGCUACUCGGAGAUGAAUCCAUGCAGCAGCUGUUUGCAGAGGGGCAUGGUGUGAUCUACCAGAGCGUGGGCACGUGGCUGGCAUCCAAGCACGCCCAGUUACAGCUGACAGGGGCUCUAGCUAUUGCUAACUUUGCCAGGAAUGACAGCAACUGCGUUCAAAUGGUGCAACUGGGAGUGGUACAUCAGCUGCUGGAUCUUUUAGAGCAACACGUGGAAACUGGAGACGUCUCCGUUCAGCAUGCUGCGCUCAGCGCUCUCCGAAACCUCGCCAUACCAGUGGCUAACAAGAUUCAGAUGCUGGAUGAAGGAGUCGGCAAGCGGGUCCAGACGCUGUUGAGGUCAGAGAUGCCCCCGGUCCAAUUCAAACUCCUUGGAACGCUGCGAAUGUUGAUCGACGGACAAGCGGAGGCAGCAGAAGAAAUGGGCCAGGAUCCCAUGUUGCUCAGUCGACUGGUACACUGGUGUGACUCAAAAGACCACGCAGGCGUCUGUGGAGAAGCUAACCGAUUGCUGGCAUCGCUCCUACGUCACAGUCGAUCUCCAGAAGUUGUCAAAGCCAUUCAAGAAGCCCAAGGAGUGAAGCACCUGGUUUCCAUGGCAACAAGCGAGCAUGCAAUAAUGCAGAAUGAAGCUUUGAUCUCCUUGGCCAUCGCCUCUGCCAUCAGUUUAGAAAAUAUCGAAGAGGGGUAUAAAGAAGCCCAGCUGGUUCAGAAUAUACACAAACUGCUCCAAGCGGAAAGUACAGGCCCAGAGGUGAAAUAUAACGCGAUUGGUCUGCUGUGCAGCCUCCUCAAUUCAGCCGAGUUGAGACGAGAAGCUGAAGAGGACCAGAUGAAAGCCACCUUGGAGACCCUCUGUGGCCACAGCAACGGGAACGUAGCCAAGCAAGCUCUCAUGGCUCUUCAGAUCUUGAACGAGGAGCCCAGGCUCUUUGAACCAUAAUUGGCUGCACCCAACAGUGCACUUCUCUUUCACUGCUUUGUGGGAAAACUCGGUCGGGUGUAAUGGUAAUUAAAGCUGUACCUUGCCUAACAAA